GUAAUUAAAUAAAGACAAGAAAUGGAAAGCCCUUGAAACCCUUUUUGGGACCCAACAAUUUUAUUCAAGUUGGAUGACACUAAAUUGCCACAUAUGUCUAUCAACUACAAAACCCCCUCCCUUCACUGGCAUCAUUCUCGUAAUCUCAUUCAGGCAUUUCCACAAACACUUUUUUUCUUCAAAAGAAAGAUUUCUUUAUUACAAACAUGGCCAGACCACAACAAAGAUAUCGAGGUGUCCGACAAAGGCAUUGGGGUUCUUGGGUGUCUGAGAUUCGCCAUCCUCUCUUGAAAACUAGAAUUUGGCUUGGGACGUUCGAGACGGCUGAAGAUGCAGCUCGGGCGUACGACGAAGCCGCGAGGCUUAUGUGUGGACCGAGGGCUAGAACCAACUUCGCUUACAACCCCAAUGCACCUCAAUCGUCGUCGUCGUCAUCAAAACUUCUCUCGGCAACUUUGAGAGCUAAACUACACAAAUGCUACAUGGCUUCGCUUCAAAUAAUGAAACAACAAAAGGUGGACGAGCCACGGAAUAAGGCACCGGCUCCACGCGUUAUCGGCAACCACGGCAUUGCUGGGAUGGGAGUUGGACCAUUACCGGUUCAAGAGAUGGAAGCCACUUGGGUUGUGAAAAAACCGCAAGUGCUUGAACCACUUGAAGAGGAUCACGUUGAGCAAAUGAUUGAGGAACUGCUUCACUAUGGUUCCAUUGAAUUAUGCAAUGUCUAGUCUAUAGGAUGUCAACAAGCACAACCCUUUCUUAUUUAUCCUCUCUCCUUUUUCUCUCUUUCACCAUUCAUUGACCAUGUUGAGCUGAGGCUUGAUAACCCUACCCAAACCUGAAACAACUCAAUUUCGACAUGAUUCGAAUAUAUAAUUGAAAAUGAUUCAAGCCUUAAACCCAAGAUAUCAUCUGAACUCAAAAUUGACCCCAAACUUGAAAGGACCCGAAUUACAAAUGACCUGAAAUCUGGUUAGGUCUAUGCUAGUGAUCUGUUAUGAUAUAUGUUACUAUAUGAUACCAUCAUCAGGCUACAUCUAUUUUCUUUUAAAUUGUGGGUUUUGAGGGUGAGUUGUAGGAAUUUCCAUUUCAAAAUCUUUGCAUUGCCAAUCCGAUAUUUCACAUUUCAAGAAUUAGCAAA